AGGAGUUCCACCAUCUGUGCUGCCUGUCUGCUAGUUUGUAACCUGCUUAGAAUAUAGAACCAUGUCUGCAAUCCCAGGUAGAGCGACAUCUCGCUCUCACCCCUCACCUAUCAAAACCGUGGUGGUCUACAGGAACGGUGAUGCGUUUUUCCCCGGAAGGAGGUUUGUGAUCAAUCCGCGCCAAGUGUCAUCUUUCGAUAGCUUUCUGAACACCGUUACUGGAGGAGUAGAGGCACCAUUCGGAGCUGUGCGGAAUGUUUACACACCUAGGGAGGGACACCGGAUUCAGAGUUUGGAGACUUUGCAGCAUGGAGAGAUAUAUGUUGCUGGUGGGACAGAGCGCUUCAAAAAAAUUAAUUACUUUCACAUCACUUUGAAGAAGCCCCAAAGAAAGAAGAGUGAGGUGAUAAAACCAGUGGUCCAUAGCAGAAUAAUCGUGCCUGCACGGUGGAGGAAGUUUCUCCAUGAGUCAUGCACUAUCAAUGUUUUUACCAAUGGAGAUGUCUUGGUUCCUCCAGCUCGGAUACUUAUACCAAAGUAUACUCUAAGGAGCUGGGAGAGAGUACUGGCCAUGGUGACGGAGAAAGUGCACCUUCGCACUGGUGCUGUGCAUAGAUUGUACACGUUAGAUGGGACCCCAUUAUCCGGCUCAGUGGAGCUAGAGAACAGCCACUACUACGUAGCGACAGGAGUGGAGAGGUUCAGGCUCCUACCGUACUUCCACUGGGUACCCAGGAAAGGACUCAUCCAAGACAUCGGCCUAGGUGUCCACAGUGACUUUCUACCUCCAGUGAUGAGGAAGGGAAAGCAGCACACAAGAGAACUG